AUGGCUAGAACUCUUCAGGUUAUGUCAUUUUUCAUUGGUACUCGAUCUGAGAUAGUGACACUUGUUUGUAGUGACAAUUGGAGCCAGAAGGAUUCGGAUGAAAAUGUCUACGAAGGAUUUGUCAGAAAGGCCAUAAGAGAAGUGUUGUGGGGAAAGACGUACGAUCAUCACAAGCUGAUGCAGUGGAUCGAUGAUCUUCUCAGGAAGAUAUUAGAUCAGCUGGCUGAUUUCCGAAUUGAAAAGUACUUAGUACUUUGCAAUGUUCAAAGCAAGUGUGGAGCCGGUGAAAAUAUAGCUGUGUCUUUACACUGGGAUGCGGAAACAGACGUUUCUUCAACUGUUCGUUGGGAAAAUGAUUCCAUGGUAUGCGUCGUGCAAGUUAUCAGCAUGCAGAUGCUGUAUGGAAGCGUGAGUGCGAAAGAAGAUUGA